CGCUGCUGGCCCGCAGAGACUGUAGACCACUUCCGCAGAUUCAACCAGAACCGCCUCUUCUGCGCUGCGCUGCGUCGACGAACUUGAACCGUCUGCUGCUGCUGCUCUGCGUCCUGUCUUGUCUUCUCUUUGUGCAUCCACAGCAUCCCGCAAAGCCCGCUUACCCAACCUCCUCACCUCGCCUCCUCACCUCGCCUCGCCGUCGCUCCCUCGGCCUUCCCCACCUCUCUUUGAUUCCGCGCCUUCGGCUCACAAGCACGCCUCUUCUCCAUGGGUUGUUGCUGCAGUAGCUGCUGUGGGGAUAAUUCCCAAGACCGGCUCUAUGCGCCUCUGCUCGCCGAGAGCGAGCGCGAGGCCGUCUCUGUCUUGCUUCGAUACCUCGAAAACCGAGGCGAAGAGGACUUUUUCAGCUCGGGACCGCUCCGAGCGUUAACCACUCUUGUAUACUCCUCCAACGUUGACUUACAGCGGAGCGCGGCUCUUGCAUUUGCCGAAAUUACAGAAAAAGAUGUGCAAGCCGUCAACGAAGAGACCCUCUCGCCUAUCCUCCUUCUCCUACAGAGCCCCGACUUUGAAGUCCAGCGGGCAGCAAGCGCAGCCCUCGGCAACCUGGCUGUGAACAACGACAACAAGAUCCUCAUCGUCGAGAUGGGUGGCCUGGAGCCGCUGAUAAAGCAGAUGCAGUCGCCCAACGUCGAAGUGCAGUGCAACGCCGUCGGCUGCAUCACCAACCUGGCAACGCACGACGACAACAAGGUCAAGAUUGCUCGUUCCGGUGCGCUCGUUCCAUUGACCAAGCUCGCAAAGUCCAAAGACGAGCGCGUGCAGCGUAACGCGACCGGCGCACUUCUCAACAUGACCCAUUCCGACGAAAACAGACAGGAGCUCGUCAACGCGGGCGCUAUCCCGGUCCUCGUCGCGCUGUUACAGUCUGAGGACGCCGACGUGCAGUAUUACUGCACCACCGCACUCAGCAACAUCGCUGUCGAUGCCAUGAACCGAAAGAUCCUCGCCGAGACCGAACCGAAACUCAUCUCGUGUCUGGUACAGCUGAUGAAUACCAGUAAAGUCAAAGUCCAGUGCCAGGCGGCUCUCGCACUGCGAAAUAUGGCUUCCGACGAAAAAUGCCAGCUGGAGAUCGUCCAGGCCGGCGGACUGCUGCCUUUACUGCGUCUCUUACAGUCGGAUGUGCCGCAGCUGAUUCUUUCAUCUGUUGCCUGCAUCCGCAAUAUUUCGAUCCAUGCCGACAACGAGGCGCCGAUAAUCGAGGCCGGUUUCCUCAAGCCGCUUGUUGCGCUUUUGAAGAAGCACGACUCGACGAACGCGAACGCGACGACGCCAGUCAUGACGAGCGCGACCGAGGAAGAAAUACAAUGUCACGCGAUCUCGACCUUGCGUAACCUGGCUGCUAGCUCGGAGCGCAAUAAGAAGGCGAUUGUCGAAGCUGGCGCGGUCGACAAGUGCAUCAGUCUAGUGCUGACGGCGCCGAGCAGCGUGCAGAGCGAGAUGACUGCGUGCAUCGCCGUUCUGGCCUUGUCGGACGAGCUCAAGAGCUACCUGCUUUCGAUCAACAUCAUCAACAUCCUUAUCCCCCUCACAAACUCGCCAAACCCUGAAGUCCAGGGAAACAGCGGCGCCGCGAUCGGUAAUCUGUCGUCCAAGGUCGGCAACUACGGUGGCUUCGUCAAGGCCUGGGAAGCACCCGAAGGUGGAAUUUCCGGGUACCUCAAGCGAUUCUUGACCAGCAACGACCUGAUCUUCGAGCACAUUGCUGCGUGGACCUUGCUGCAGUUCAUGGAAGGCGGCGAUAAGACCCUGAUAUCAUUGAUCCAAAGCACCUCAGACAUCGUUGUCGCCGUCCAGGCUCUUUCGGUCCGAGAGGUGUCGACCGAGCAGCCUGAGAAUGGCGACUUGAUUGAAAUGGAGGAUGCCGAGGCCGAGAGCGAGAUCAUUGCGCUUGCGGUCCGAGUGUUGAAGCUCAUUGAUGAAAACAGGUGAUUUUUCUUUCUGUCUUGUUGUGAGGUGUAGCGGGAAGGGAAUAGUCUUGUUUGUUCAAGUUGAGAUGUUAUAUUACUACCGUAUUUCAGAUAUUUAAUCUGUGGGCUAUUUGAUCUUUUUCUCCUUCUAUUCACAUAUAUCUAUUGAUAUUCCUGAUUUGUUUACGUUUUUUGCUGUUUACUUUACG